AAGAAAAAUAAGCUCAAGAUCAAGGAAAACAAAUUAUUUCUUUAAAUUUAGUUUACAAAAUUCUUCAAACAAGUAAUUCUUGAGAAGGAUGUUUCUAUUUUAUAAACAUUUUCACUUCAUAGUCUUUGAAAGGAAAAUGAAGCAGUCUAUACUUUUUUUCCUGAGGAAAAUUUUUGUCCAAUUUAUAUUUAUAACAAUGUUUUAGCUUACCUGGGUUGUCAGCUGUAUGUUCAAUGUUCGCAUGUCCGUAUACACACAACAGAGUGGGAUGCAACACAAAAUAGGCUUACAUAUUACACUGUAAUUUUGCUAGAUCUAGAUCUAGAUCUAGAGCUUAUUGUGCCGCACAGUGUUGUGUUCCUGAUGUGCUGAAUUGAAUUGAGUGAUAUCUGCAAACAUGCCAGAGCAAAGCCCUUCCCAGGUGCAUAUAUCUAGCAUCAGUCGGACAUCCCUUAGGAACUUGUGUGCGCUUCUGAAGUCUGAAGGUGACAAAGUUCUGAAUGGAGUGUCGUCAUUUACGUUGACUACUGAGGUACUCACACAUUUGAACAUUGACUGCCGAAGACACAGCAUAAGUGGCAAUGGAUACCCAGCGGGGCAGGGUUCGCUCCUCACAGGGAAUAGCAGCUUCCUCUCUGUCAGGAGGAGACCACAGCAGACUCAGGAGAACAAAAUGAGAGCAGAGUGGGAUGCCAACAUUCAGUUUGUCAAGGACUUUAUGCUGAGUACACCAAGGCUGAAGAUUAUUCAUACCAGCAGUACCCUGAGCAGCCCAAUAUCUUUGCACCGGUUUCUCAACCUGAGCGUGCUGGAGCUGCGGAAAGUUCCCAUACACAUGGUGGGGGGCAUGCAUGGGCUGAGGGCUUCUCUCAAGACCUUGAUCGUGUACCGCUGCCUGGACAAGGUCAAGGACCUGCUGGAGUGCUGCGGCGGUGACAUGACUGCCCCCAUGACCUGGGCACAGCUGCAAAAUGUGUCUCUUUCAUUUAAUGCCAUCUCUUGCCUUGACGAAUCUUUGCGUCUUCUGCCAUGUCUGGAGAGCCUUGACAUCAGUCACAACACUAUCCAGAGCUGUGAGGGCUUUCUAGAGAUUUUAGGCGAUGUUAAGUCGAUAGCUCUGGCCUUCAAUUCUCUCACAACUAUUCCAAAGAUGUCCCUGUGUUCUAGGACAUCGCUUGCCAUCCUCAUCUUAAGGGGAAAUAACCUUGACAACAUAAGUGGCUUGGAAGUGUUAGCUGUUCUACAGGAGCUGGACUUGGGAGAGAACUGUCUCAAUGAUCACAGCUUACUAGAGCCUUUGCUGUCACUGAACAGGCUAAAGCAGCUCCAUCUUGAUGGAAACCCUUUGUCCUACCAUCAGCAUCACCGAGGUCUCACCGUCUGCCACCUUGCACGGUCAGCUGCCACCCUCGAUUUUGAGCUCGACAAGAAAAAGCUGAUAGCAUCAGAACUUUCGAAUGUUUUGUCCAUGCGAUCAAGACAGCAGCGCAGAGGUCAGAGGUCAGACCAGCCUGCAUCCCCAGUGACCCCUGUGGCAAGAGACAAUCUGCCGGACCUGGGCGAUGCGGGGUUGUCAGGGAGCUCAGCUGCCACUUCUGAGGCUGAGAGCCGGGGUACAGUAACACCACGCAGGAAUCGCCGCAAGAAACGCCUGAAGCCGAGAUAUACGGAGAUACAAGACAUGGACCAAUCAGAGGACUUCUCUUCCAGUCGUGAUGGGACUCCAGUGUCAUCUCCGGCUGCUCGACGUCAGAACCUUGAGGACCUGAUGAAAGCGAGGCAGGACGACGUGCGGAAGACAAUGAAAGAGGUGGAAGAACUGAGGAGGCAUUACGGGCCUAACUGGCUGCAGGCCAUUGAGGACAAACGGCUGUUUGGCAAAACACCACAGCUUCCUGCAUCCUCCGCCAAUUCUCCAAGCAACAAUGAAGUACAAGGAGAAAAGUCUAAGGUGUCUGCCUCUAGCCCGUCAGUAGCUAAUGAGGCACAGAAUGGUGAGGCAGACAAGGAAAGUGGUGUAGAGGUCAUUGAGGCUGUGAGCUCUUCAGCUGGCUUCCCAACAGAAGACGACUUAUACCUCAAUGAGACCGUGAACCCCAUCAUGAGUGCCAUAGCCAGGAUGGCCGCUGGUCAUUCUGCUGACGAGACAGAGGAAUCGGGCUCUGUUGUGAGAUUCCCAGAGUUCACAAGUUCUUCAGGUCUUUCUCAUCUCGCCACCACGCCGCCAAGCGGUCGAAGUGAUUUGAUCGUUAAGCCCACGAGUUUAACGAUCGUUGGUCCGAAACAUCUUCCACGGUCCUCCUCCCAAGACAUGACGCACUCCACACCGGAGAAAAUCCAAGUUCAAAGUCGGGAUUUUUCUGCUGAGGAUUUCCCUCCCACCGGUGACACUGAUCAACUGGAUGCAAUCAUCUCAACAGGGGAAGACAAGGACCUGCUUGACCGAAAAUCGUCCUCAACAGUUCCCGUCAACUCUCAGGAGAGAGGUGGGGGGUCAAGACCCAAAGUCACCUCUCAGUUGUCGAUGAGUCUGAAAGAAGAUGACGAGGCGAUGUCUUUGAGACUGGCCCUAGCCAAGCAGGUUGCCUCUUUGUCUCCCAUUAAAGCGGCAAAUGAGACAGAGACGUCACCAGUAAAGACCUCUGAGAUGAGCAUGUCGAAAAAGACUGUUGUAGACCGCAGUAUGAGUGAGCUAGACUACAGUGCUGAAGAUACAAUGACCUUGGAGGAAGAGGAAGUGACAGAGGCCAUGUUUGUCUGUCUCCCUGGCAACCACAUCAUCAUCGUCACGACGACGGCCUCGCUGCUGGUGGAGAAGGACAUCUCGGGGAACAUCACGCAGACGCUGGACCUGAGUGCCCUGACCUCUGUCCGAGAGGUCAAAGGGUCGGCGGAGGAGCCGGCUGAUGGUGGGAAAAAGAACCGCUUGGGACGACGCAGCGAAAAGGUCGCCCAACAGGCAGAUGAUGCUCAACAAGUGCGCCUCAUUCUGGAGUUUGAUUACAUGAAGAAGGAUAAACAACGCAGGGAUUACAGCCUGGAGAAAAUGGACGCGAAGAUUCUGUGCGAGCGGUUGCAGCCGGUGUUGGACAGCCGGGAGGAACAGGCCCGGACCCAGUCUCAAGUCACCAUGCAGUGUCUGAAGUGUAACAGAAGAUUUCUUAAACAUGAGCUGGUCCACAAGAGCCAGCCUUUACCCACUUCCGGCAGUAGCAAGGAUCUUCGCUCCAUGCAACAUUUGAUGGGCAAGCCCACGUUGAUGUGUCCUAAAUGUGGCAGCAGCAUCAUCAUUGAGCUGGAAGUGUCAUCGGUCAAACCGGCGGCCUCCACGACCACACGUAGCACGGGCUCAGCCACUUCCACGCCGGCCGGCUCCUACAGCUCCACAUCGGGGUAUAUAGAGCAUUCCAGGAAGGGAUCAGCGGGGACGGUGGUGGCGGGGGUCAGACGCAGGAGUCAGGAUGUUUACUCCCCAGAGUCGUCUGGUAUAGUGACCGCCAGUGCGAUUGGUCGGAAACUUUCCUCUGGUUCCCUGGACCUCUCCUCUCCCUCCUCUAGGAAGGGCAGCCAAGCUGGGGGCUCAGUGAGGUCAGCUGGAGGGCUACCCACAGGCGCUCGAGACUCCAGGUCUUCCAGCACUAAUAGUACAAGGGAGAGAAGUGGUGCGUUUUCUGCUGCAUUGAAGCCUGGCAGACGUAGUUUCAUUGGUGGAUUUAGUAUCACGAAUAGUGACACAGUACCCUCAGAGCGAGAAGAGCUGGUCUGUGUGGAGGACCACUUUGGCGAGGAGGCGGGAGAAAGUGACCUCACCCUGUCCACUCAACUGGCCGCAAUGACCACCAGCCUGAGGGGUGUCCCGUCCACUCGAGGGCCUGCGGCGUAUGUGCCCAGAUCCUCGCUGUCGGAGGGGACCAGAGGCGGGGACUGCGGUGGGAAGAAGACCAUGAUGGACAGUGGCUUUGAGAGUGGGAUUGAGGUGGAUGCUGGACGCCCCUCAGGAAUGAAGCAUGGCUCAGACAUGAUGAGGAGCUGGGCAGGCCCAAGCAGUGUCACCUCAGGCAGUAGUUGUGAUGGCCCUAUCACCUCCUUCCAAACUCUAUCGGGGCAUCCAGCCUCCCAAAUGUCAAAGGACAAUGACUCGGCCGCGGCCAUGAAAGAGAGGCAGCCUGACAACAACUCUAAAGAGCGGGGAAGAACGGCGUCGAGGGUAUCAGCCGAGCUGAAGAACUUGGCCACCAUGGAGGACUACGUCAACAAUCUGGUGGAGGAGGGGCGGAGCUUAGGGCAGAGGCGGGGCUCUACUGACAGUAAAGGGCGGAGCAUAAGCAUCACUCAAUUCCUGCGAUCAUCAGCCGGGGUGGGAGCUUCAGGUGUGGGAGGGGGGCAGGGUCCGGACUCUACCAAGUCUGGCAUGGAUGAAGGAGAAGGUCACCUCCAGCGCUCAGUCAGUGGGUCUAGUAUCACAGUCCUGCCCAACCCUGGCACUGCAGCAGCAGAUGUAGUGGACGCAGGGCUGACCGCCCCACAGACAUCCAGCAACUCUCUCUCUUCUCAGGUCACUUUCCAGGUAGGGACUCCGGAACUAGAAAAGUCCUUAGAGACCUCCCUGAGACACAUGAAGAAAGAAAGCCAUGCUGGCACAGGUGUCAUGACCUUGAACUCUGACAUCUGCAGCAGUAUGGUGUCCAGUGUCUAUGAGAGUUCUGUGACGACCCCAGAGAAUGAGAGGGUCAAUGCGGACGGGGUGAUAACAGACGGCGUUAGUGAGGCGGUCGUACCUGUCACUGUCAUUAGCUCUAGUGAGAGCGGAAAAUCGGGUUCAGAUGACGAUGAUGAGCUCACGAGUAUUUACGACAAACCGACAACGGUGGCGACAGUCCCUUCCUCGAAGAGAACGGGCUCGCGUGAUACAACUGCUGGCCGAAUGGAUGGUUUGGCGGAUGAUGGGGCUCAUGCAGAUUCUGUUGGAGUUGUUGCUGGAGAGCAAGAGGCGAGGAGUGGUCAGGUAAAGCCCAGAAUCUCAGACAAUACGCAGAUGGGCGCUGUCUCUUCUUCUUCAUACUCGGAGCAGCAGCGAACUGAUUCCUAUGGAGAGCCAAAAGCAGCAUCAUCCUCAGGCUUCCACGAAGAUCCAGCAGACUCUCUCUACAGUAGAACUGUCCUAGCAGACUACGACAGUGAAGAGAGGUGGGGCGAGGAUGGAGGGAAUAACAGUUCAAAGGUCAGCCUAGACACUGAUGGAUCACCACAGUUUGCCUUCCAUCACCUCAAUCACCGGCUCACACUGUAUAUGAUGAUGUCUGUGUUUCUCAGUGAUGAAGAGUUCCUGUGUAAAUUGCAGGGAGAAAUGGUGCAGUACAUAAUAACAGAUUCCUUUGAAGGAAUCCUGAUCAUGUCCACUGAGAGGUUUUAUGUGAUGAAAAUAACCUCGGAGGAUCACAGUAAAGAGCCAGACCAGUGGCUUCAGUGUGUGGAGAUUCAACCGAUCCCCGAGCUGCGUUACAUUGAUGUAGGCCUCGGGGGACAGAGCUUGCGGCUGGAGUUCAACACGGACUGCUCGAGCUUCACCAUUGUCACUAGGAACAGGGACAAGACCUCGCAGUUUGUGGACCUGCUGCACACUGAGCUGGCCAGGUAUGCAGUGUCCCACGGCAUCACAUCCAGCGUGGUGGUCAACGAGGAUGUAGAUCAGGUCACACUGGACAACCUAGAUGCUGACCUCAUCUCAAAGGUCAACCCAGGUCAGAAGAUGCUGUGCUACUGCAUGGGCUACAUCGACAGAGGUCACCAGAAACUGUUCCCGGUGAGCUUUGUAGUGAGCAGCUGUGACGUGUGCCUGGUGCGCACCAACCACCAGUGGCCCCAGCCCCGCCUACAAGGGCCCAUCACCGUGGAGACAGUCGGUAAACAGUUUGUGCUGCUGGAGAGACAGAAGAUCAACAACAUUGCCUCUGUGGAAGUGUGUGAAGUGUCCAUGAGAAAGAUCAGACUGGAGCUCUUCAAUGAACUGGAGGGCUCUUCAUCCAAUUGGAACAUCACCAUGGCAACAAGACAAAGUGUCAUUGACUUCAUCAACGCACUGAGUGAGCCGUGGAGCAGAGAGUUUGGAGUGGAGAUGGACAUUCUUUAUACAGAACUCAAUUUCUAGGGUUUUGAUCAGGUCUAGAAAUGGGUUGGGUUUUUUUUUUUUAAUUUUCAUUUUUCGUUUGUUUCGGGUUCUUUGUAGUGGACAGGAAGGGUUUCUUUAAUGGUUUUCUUUUAUUUUGGUGGAGUUUUUCUUUUUUUUUUUAUUGGGGGGGGGAGUGUAUUGUUAUGUUUUGAUCAGAUCCAGGUAAAGUUUAAUUUCUUGUUCUUCUUUUGUUUUGUGUACAUGAAAGCAAAUAUGAAGCCAUUUUUUCUUGAUCCAUGCUGCUGUAGAGCCCUGGACUGAAUGAGGAUGCUGUUCUUGAAAUGACUUUCUUAAUGCUUAGUAAGACGAUGAUGUUCAUCAACAGUCAAUAACAGAAUGCAGAUGAUGGGUCAUCCAUGACCAAUGAAUGAGAAACAGCUCUGGCUAUAGUGGGCAGGCUCCAGGAUUGGUUGGCGUCAUUGACUCGCUUGAUGAUUGUGUUUGUUGGGGCAGAUGGAAAGAAAAAGAGAUAGAAAACAGAGAGAGAGAGAAAACAAAGA